UGUGAUUCUGCUCUGCAGUGACUCGGUGUCCAGCGUCGGCUCCAUCGGGACAGAGGAUGUAGGAGAGGGGAUUCGUCAUUGGCUGGGAGUGCCCAGAGGAGGCUCCCGUGGCGGCGGCUCGCCCUACGGCAGCAGUACCAUCAGCAGCCACGGAGGGCGCCAGUCUGUGGCGGACACCAUGAGCACCUACAGCUUCCGUUCUUGUGUGGAUCCUGAUGACGAGGCCUCAGAGGCUGGAGGCUCCAGAGGUCCCAGUCGGGCCCCGUCCUCCUCCGCUCUCUCCGAGCUGCUGGACGGACUCCGUAAACGCAGAGCGGGCGGCGAUGCAGCAGACGGCGCCGGCAGCACCGUCUCUCUGCCCGUUUAUCAAGCAACCGCCGCCUCCACUCUCAGGCGACGAGCCUCGGCCCUCUCUCUCGACCCAGGUGACCUCCCGGAGCCCCGGCCGGGCCCCAGCAUCCUAAAACCGUCCUCGCCGCUCCUGCCGCGCGCCGCCAGCGCUCGCUCCAUCAGUGAAGCCUCGACGUCUGCUGCCGUCUCCACAUCUGGCGCCAAAAUCUCUCGCUUCAGCUCGAGCGACUCCCUCUCUGCACUUCCCUCGCUGCCACACCUCUCCUCCUUGACGUCCUCCCUCGCCUCUCGCCAUCACCCUCCGUCCCUGUCCAUCCCGGAAGAGGACGCAGACGAACCCCUCCGCUCCAGAACGACCCCCAUGCAGCGCUCCCCUCAGCCGCUGAGGCGGUGCAUGCUGGGAAGUCUCACCACAGAGGACGGAGGUGAAGGCGCUCUGGGUUCAGAACCAAUGGUCUUCCAAAACCGCCACCUGGCGGAGGAUCGCGACGACGCGGUGUCCGACAUCCUGCCCGCCAUCCGCAGAGCUCAGUCCACCAGCAGCCUGGCGGGCUCGGUGCGAGGAGGCAGGAGGGCGCUGAGCGUCCACUUCGGGGAGCUGCCGCCGUCCACCCGCAGCAGGAAAGGCUCCGAAACGGAGUCGUCCAGCUCGGGGGGGUCAGGAGGGAGCUCGCAGGCAGGCGGCGUGAGACGCAGGUUUGAGCGGCCGCAGGGAGAGAGACUGGAGGCGGAGGGCAGCGAGGGCGGAGACGUGGCGUCAGUCAUGAAGAAAUACCUGAAGAAAGAGGUCGACUGAAGCCGAUGAGGUAAGCUCUC